UAAAAAGCUUGCUUUAAUGACAACAGUGUUGUAAUUGAGUGACAAGAAUACAAGCGAGGCAGCACCAACACGACAGUAGAAAGGUGGUGUGCGAGAACAUUUCAUAAAAAUGGUGCUCCCUUCAAGUUAUCCCAAGUAUGCAUACCGUACAUCAAUAUCCAAAUCUGUUAAAAGGACCAAUUCCGAUAAUACUGCAAACAACUCCGUGAAAACAGAAGAUGACAACAAGAAAAAAGUUCUGCAUAAAUUUUGGCGAUCUUUGACACCACAGUCAGCACAGAGGAAUAUACCCAAAUCCCCAGAUGGAAGACAGGCAACGAGAGUCCGUUUACCAUUACGACCUGAAAUCCACAUUCCUAAAAUUAUGUUAACACCACCAGAAGACCACGCUGGGGAUGUAGUUCAUCAGAGGCAUGCAGUUGUUCAACGUUACAACAUUUACUCAGAUUCAUUCCAGGUAAAUCGACAUGAAGAUAGGCUGAACACUUCUACACCGAAGUCGUUGCGGCCUUGGACGAACGGGGUACAACCAGGAGACGUCAGGAUAAAGUCAGACUCUAUCAAGGUCCAAAGUGGCUUUCUGGGAUCACAGCUUAAACAAACACCGAAAAGACCAGUACGAUCGUCUGGUCGUUACUUGUAUAGACGACAAACGCCUAGAAUCACACAGAAUAAUGACGAGAGGAACAUUGACUCGGUUACCGUGUCUGAAACGGAUUUACGACAUACCAGAAAGUGGGACACUUGUUCGGACUGCGCACAUGAAGAUUUGACCCAGAAUUCCGUUUCCUGUUCCGAGUUACAUGAUGUCCAUAGAAAGGAUGAACAUUCUUCUCACGGCGUUGAUUUAUCAACAGAAUCUGACGUUGACACGGUGUAUGCAAUAUUUGCACCUGAAAAUGAUAAACAAUCUUCUACAAAAUUUGUUAGGAUCUGUGAUUCGGCAGAAACUUGUUUGAGUGACUACUCGGAGAAUGAGAUAUUAUAUAAUGAUUCGUGUGUAGGAUUUCAGGAUGUUGAUUUGAGCAUUGAUCCAACAACUCUCUCGUCAUUGAGUGACGACUGGUUUCUUUGAAAAGAGAAUUUCUUGUUUAUUUCGUGAGAUCAAAUACACGUAGCGAAUGAC